CCGUCGGGCGAAGACUAUUGGCUAGUAGCGUGGAGGCACUUCCCUCAUGGGCCUCCCUUGAGGCUGUGGUGAUGCGCCAGUGAGCGGUCAGUGGGUGAAGGAGGGCAUCCUGGCGAGUGAGUCAGCCGUUUGGCUUCCCGAAGGGGGAUCGACUGUGAAGCGGAGCGGUUCGGGCGAGACAUAACACGCCUGGCUCGGAAUAUAUUAGUCCAGACCAGAGCGGAUUAGAACGGCUUGGCUUCGCGAGUGUCUCAAGAUGCACAGAUUAACGGGGAAAACGGGAGAAGACAGCUUAAUUGAGAUGAGCCCGACAGACUCUUUCAGCGAUGAUGUAAAUGGCUAUCACCAUCAUGCAUCAUCCAGCACAGGUUCACCGGAGCAGGGACGAUCGGAGUUUGCUUUAACGCCCGAUGUGCGUGUAGAGAGCUGUGAGUCUCUCAACAACAGCCUGGCCUCGCUGGCUCCCUCUGACCACAGCGACAGUCCACAGUUUGCGCCUCAGACCAUAGAGCAAAUCAAUGCUUUAACUGGGUUUUCGAGAAAACGGGCCCUAUUCCUGAAGUUUCGUUCCAGGAUUGACAAGCAAAAAUACAGUAAGGACUCCGUGUUCUUCCGUGAUGGAGUGCGCAGGAUCGAUUUUGUUCUGUCCUAUAUUGACGAUAAAGAUGAUCAAAGGAAACAG